AUGGAACUAUUUGAGGCAUUGUAUGGGAAGAGGUGUAGAUCAUCUAUUGGUUGGUUUAAAGUAGGUGAAUCUACUGUGGUUGGACCUGAUGUAGUGUUUGAGGGUAUGGAGAAAGUGCGGUUGAUUAGAGAAAGUUUGAAAAUAGCUCAGAGUAGUCAGAAUUCAUAUGAAGAUAUGAGAAGAAGAGAGCUUGAGUUUGAAGUUAAUGAUUGGGUAUAUCUUAAAGUUUUACCCAUGAAAAGGGUAGAAAGGUUUGGCAAUAAAGGGAAGCUUAGUCCCCAGUAUGUGGAUCCCUAUAUAAUCCUAAGUCGUGUGGGGAGAGUAGCCUAUGAGUUGGAGUUACCCUCAGGGUUAUCAGCUGUGCAUCCUAUCUUUCAUGUAUCCACGCUUAAGAAGCGCAUUAGUGAUUCUUUCAGAGAACCCUAA